AUGGCCUUCGAUCGCUAUGUGGCCAUCUGCUACCCGCUGAGAUACUCCUCCAUCCUCACUGGCACCAGGAUAGCCAAGAUUGGGCUGGCUGCCCUGUGCAGAUGUGUCUUACCAGUUAUCCCCCCACUUGUGGUAUUAAGAACAUUACCAUUCUGUCAAUCCCAUGUGCUCUCCCACUCCUACUGCCUGCAUCAAGAUGUGAUCAAGCUGGCAUGUGCAGACAUCCAAUUCAGUUACUUCUAUGGCCUUGCUUUAGCCCUUCUCAUCCCGACAUUAGACCCUGUGCUCAUCUUUGUGUCAUAUAUACUGAUUGCUAAGGCAGUCAUGAGCAUUGCCUCCCCAAGUGAGCGUCUCAAGGUUUUAAACAACUGCUUGUCCCACAUCCUGGCAGUCCUGGUACUGUACAUCCCCAUGGUUGGCGUGUCCAUGGUUCACCGUUUUGGCAAACAUGCUUCCCCUCUCGUUCACGUCCUCAUGGCCAACAUCUACCUGCUGGUCCCCCCCGUGCUGAACCCCAUCAUCUACAGCGUUAAAACUAAACAGAUCCGCAGGGGUGUCCUCAGGAUCCUCACACCAAGGCAACUCUGCAUGGUGAAAGGAUUGUGA